CGGUCCAAAGAACGAGUCAAAGUUUAUUUCUCAGUCAGUGAAUGGACGGUUUAAAAAUAGCUCUAGCUCAGAUGAAAUCACUCAAGCCCGUGCUGUAUGUUAGUUUAUCCACAGCGUCUGUCUGCUAUUGCAGCCUCUAGUACUAGUACCGCUCAGGCAGAUUAGGAGCGCUAUCUUUUUAAAUGAGAGGGGUUGAGGGGUGUGUUCAUCGGCCAGGCAUCCCGAGGGACUGAAGGCUUCCGUCGGUCGGACUCGGCGCAGAGCGAACAGAGCAGAGCAGGGGAGCAGGGAGAGAGAGAGAGACAGGGGCAGCCUGCCUGCGUAGUGUAGCGUUGCCUACACCACUUUCCCAGGCACUCGAAAUAAACGGGAAGCAGAGAAGAGGCAGAGGAUUUUUUGGGUGAAAAAGCGAAGGAAUGCUCCAAACGUUCGAGUUGUCUGGCUUUAAGGACGCCGUGUUUGGCUCGAUGGCGCGAUGUUUCACCGCUUUGGUAAAGCAUCCCAUCUGAUGCCGAGGCUGAAGGAGUCGCGCUCCCACGAGUCGUUGCUCAGCCCCAGCAGUGCGGUGGAGGCCCUGGACCUCAGCAUGGAGGAGGAGGUGCUCAUCAAGCCUGUACACAGCAGCAUCCUCGGACAGGACUACUGCUUUGAGGUGACGACGUCUACGGGCAGCAAGUGUUUCUCAUGCCGCUCUGCUGCCGAGAGGGACAAAUGGAUGGAGAACCUGAGACGAGCGGUCCACCCAAACAAGGACAACUGUCGGCGGACGGAGAACCUGCUCCGGCUGUGGAUCAUCGAGGCCAAGGACCUGCCGGCUAAGAAGAAGUACUUCUGCGAGCUGUGCCUGGACGAUGGCCUGUACGCACGCACCACCUGCAAGCUGAAGGCAGACAACGUCUUCUGGGGGGAGCACUUUGAGUUCAACAACCUGCCGCCCGUACAGAACAUCACCGUGCACCUCUACAAGGACAGCGACAAGAAGAAGAGGAAGGCCGACAAGAACAACUACGUGGGCUUGGUCAGCAUCCCCGUGGCCGCGGUGACGGGCCGGCAGUUCGUGGAGAAGUGGUACCCGGUGAGCCUGCCCAACCCGGGCAAAGGCAAGGCGCCGGGGCCCAUGGUGCGCAUCAAGGCCCGCUUCCAGUCCAUGAGCAUCCUGCCCAUGGAGCUGUACAAGGAGUUUGCCGAGUACACCACCAACAACUACAUGCUGCUGUGCGGAGUACUGGAGCCGCUGCUCAGCGUCAAGAGCAAAGAGGAGAUGGCCUGCGCACUGGUGCACAUACUGCAGAGCACCGGGAAGGCUAAGGACUUCCUGACAGACAUGAUGAUGUCAGAAGUGGACCGCUGUGGCGAGAACGAGCAGCUGCUUUUCAGGGAGAACACGCUGGGCACCAAGGCCAUCGAGGAGUACCUCAAGCUAGUGGGACAGAAGUACCUGCAGGACGCACUGGGUGAGUUCAUCAAGGCGCUGUAUGAGUCGGAUGAGAACUGUGAGGUGGACCCUGGGAAGUGUUCAUCGGGGGACCUGGUGGAGCAUCAGGGCAACCUCAAGAUGUGCUGCGAGCUGGCUUUCUGCAAGAUCAUCAACUCCUACUGCGUGUUCCCGCGGGAGCUGAAGGAGGUGUUUGCGUCGUGGCGACAGGAGUGCAGUAACAGGGGGCGACCGGACAUCAGCGAGCGUCUGAUCAGCGCCUCCCUCUUCCUGCGUUUCCUGUGUCCCUCCAUCAUGUCCCCCUCCCUCUUCAACCUGACGCAGGAGUACCCCGACGAUCGCACAGCACGCACCCUCACGCUCAUCGCCAAAGUCACACAGAACCUGGCCAACUUCACCAAGUUUGGGAACAAGGAGGAGUACAUGUCCUUCAUGAACGGUUUCCUGGAGCAUGAGUGGACCAACAUGCAGCGCUUCCUGCUGGAGAUCUCCAACCCCGAGACCAUCUCCAACACGGCCGGCUUCGAGGGCUACAUCGACCUGGGCCGAGAGCUGUCCACCCUGCACUCCCUACUGGCAGAGGUGGUCUCCCAGAUGGACCAGAACUCUGCAUCGAAACUCGGCCCAUUACCCAGAAUCCUGAGGGACGUGCACACAGCGUUGACCAAUCCGGCGGGGGUACAGAUGGCUCCGCCCCCUGCUGACCGCAUGCCCUCCCCUCCCGCCCCCAGCUGCAGCAUCUCCAGCGGCCUCCAGAAGAUGGUCAUCGACACUGACCUAUCAGGACUCGUAGACUUUACCCGUCUGCCGUCGCCGACUCCGGAGAACAAGGACCUGUUCUUUGUGACGCGCGGCUCGGGCGGCAUCCAGCCCUCCCCGGCGCGCAGCUCCAGCUACUCCGAGAGCAACGAGCACGAGCUGGGCCUGGCCGGCGGGGGCAAGAGCCUCUCCAUGGUGGACCUCCAGGAGGCCACGCGGGCCCUGGACGCUGCCGUCGCCUACACCCACACCCACACUCAGCACCACCACCAACACCACCACCUCCAGCUCCACCACCAGGGCAGCGGAUCCCAGGACAGUGGUGGUGGGUUGGAGGACAGGGUUGGAGUCGGGGGUAUUGGUGGUGGUGCUCUGGUGCCCUGGUCGGCACACACUGCCCAAGGGAACCAUCCAGGAGGAGGAGGAGGGGGAGGGGGGGUGAUGCUGCUGAGGCGGCCUGGACAGCAGUCCCCCGGGAGCGGGCUUGGGGACGGUGACGGUGUGGGUGUGGGUCUUGGUGUAGGGGGUCCGGGACGGCCGGCACAGUUGCUGGCGCCGCUGUCGUUCCAGAACCCCGUGUACCAGAUGGCAGCCGGGCUUCCCGUGGCCGUGUCGCCUCGGAACGCUAUGAGUGGAGGAGGAGGGGAUUCCGGGUCGGAAUGCCACAGUUCGGUCAGCUCGCAUAGCAACAACGAGGACGCAGUGGUGUUGUCGUCGACGACAAACAAACACGGACUGGCCAAUCACGGAGGAGGGGGCAGUAGCGGAGGGGAGGAGUUUGGAGGCGGGAGUGGUGCAGGCGGGCGUCGGUCGACGGAGUUCUCGCGGCGACAGCAGUCCCUGACGGACUCUCAGCAUUCCCACCAAUCGGGCGUGCCGAGGCAGAACAGCGCCGGCCCCCAGAGGCGAAUCGACCAACCGCCGCCGCCCAUGAGCGGCGGCCCGCCGCAGAGAGGCCGCACCCCUCCCAGCAUGCUCAGCUCCGCCCCUUACCAGCACACGCGGCCCUCCAGCGGCAGCGUCAUGUCCAACUCCUCGCCCGAUUGGCCGGGAGGUAGUCAAGGGGCGCGGCUAAGGCAACAGAGCUCCUCCUCCAAGGGAGACAGCCCGGAGACCAAACAACGGGCGCAACACAAACAGGCCCCCUCCCCCGUGGUUCCCAGUGCUCUGGACCGCACGGCUGCUUGGCUUCUGAACAUGAAUGUGGCGUAUUUAGAGCAAGACUCAGACACCGAGCACACACACCCCGACAAGUACCAGGCGGAGGUCUGCAUGCUGCAGGAGAAGCUGCGCGUGUCUCUGGGGCGUCUGGAGGAGAGCGAGUCUCGUCUGAAGGAGCAGGAGGAGCAGGCCCACAAGAUGCUGAUGGAGUACCAGGGACGCCUGCACGAGGCCGAGGACCGCCUACGCCGCCAGCAGGACGACAAGGACCUGCAGAUGAAAGGGAUUAUUAGCAGGUUGAUGUCUGUGGAAGAGGAGCUGAAAAAGGACCAUGCGGAUAUGCAGGCUGUGAUCGAUUCCAAGCAGAAAAUUAUCGACGCACAGGAGAAGAGGAUAGCGUCUCUGGACGCGGCCAACGCUCGUCUGAUGAGCGCCCUGACGCAGCUGAAGGAGCGCUACAGCAUGCAGAGCCGCAACGGCAUCAGCCCCACCAACGCCACCAAGCUGCAGAUCACCGAGAACGGGGAGUUCCGGAACAGCUCCAACUGCUAGUCCACACACACACACACACACACCAUACACGGACACACACAUGGACACGGAUACAGACACACACACACACACACACACACACACGCGCGCGGACACAGAUACAGAUACAUGGACAUACCAACACACACACACACACACACACACACGCAAACAUGGGCAUACCAACACACACACACACGCACGCACGCGCACACACCAACAUACCAACAUACACACACACACACACACACACACACACACACACACACACACACACACACACACACACACACAAACACACACACACACAGACUGAGUGCAUGAACAAAAUGUUAGUCUCAUCAAAUCACCGAAACCGACCGGAUAGAGGAAUGGCUCCGAUUACAAACACACACACACACACACACACACACCGUCAAACUGCAGAUAAGGUGAAAAUAGAGAAUCCAGAACUGUCAGCUGCUCAUAUAUACCACACACACACACACACACACACACACACACACACACACACACACACACACACACACACACACACACACACACACACACACACACACACACACACACACACACACACACACACACACACACACACACACACACACACACACACACACAGCAUUGACACUGUACCUUCCAAGGGGAAUUAGACUCCUGACUUGGGAUAUGUUGUAGAUAUUCUCAUUUGUCCGAUGUCAGUGGAUACUGUUGACAAAAGCUCAUUGGACAGUCACCUGUCAGUCAAAGGCGUCCAGACGACAUGAUUGGACAGCGUGCUGGACAGACAAUCCCAUUGGACAGACUUUGGUUGGCCAGCGUUUCCUCUCGUUUUCAAGCAGCGGAAGCAAAGACAAAACUGCUGUCACCCGGGACUGAACCACUAUAUAGAGGAAAACACACACACACACACAGAUGUACAUGUGUGCAUAGUCAAACGCUUGUUCAAACGGACACAUUCACAUACACAAACACAUACGUUUGUGUGACACAAUCAUCGAACCUUGGUCCGGCAGUUAAAGUCUUCCCCCUGCCCCUCAUCCCUGUUUACGUUAGGCCUGCCUGGCCAGCCAUGUGUCUAUGACAUGGUCACUGUCAUGCGCAACUAAAGUGCAAUGGACUUACCCUCCAGAUCCCUACUCUGUCCUGCAAAGGCAAUGUGCAGUAACUACACGGACAUUGAAACUGAGAGACAUGCCUUCAAAGUUGUCAUACUGGCCAUCCAGAUAUUGCACGCACAACAGGUUCAAAAAGUAAAAAAUAGAAGGGAGGUAAUCACCACUGUUGUACCUGAAAUGUAUUUGGCUGGCCAGUAUGAAAACUUUGAAGGUAAUUUUCUAAGUUUCAAUGUUGAGAGUAGUUACUGCUCUUUGCCUUUGCAUGGCAGUAUUAAUGUAUAUGGGUCUAGAACCUAAACGCAUCUGCUCCUGCUAUGUUUGGAGUCGUGAAUCUCCUUAGGCUUCAACAGAGGUGUACCUUUAAGAGUGUACCGUCACACCGGUGUGACGGGAAUGUUCGGGCAGUGAAAGUUCUAUAGAAUUCUGGGCGUCAUUCAUUACAAUUUGGAAUUUUAGAAUCUUGCAUUGUUAUAGAACACAUUCUUUUUAUAGAAUGUUCAAAAACCCACCCUCUUAAAGGUUAAGUAGAAUUGGAAGAUGGUGGGUGUCGGAAGAAUUACAAUACUAGUAGUUUGAUUACAAUAGUUGCAACCUUGUAACAUUGUACUCCUAUUGCAUUCGUAACACACCUCUACUACUAUACACACCUCUGUGUUUCAACAACUGUCAGGACUCAAGAGUACUUGACUGAAGUCAAAAUGGCCAAUACGACCAACCCUUUUCCCAAGAUUAUCCCGAAGAAAAACAACCAAUGAGACCUACCCUCUGAGACCUUGUCUCCUUCCUAGUGCACUCGUGUGCAUGGCUGGACUGGCUAUAUGGCAUACAGGGCAUUUGCCUGGUGGACUGUUGACAAUAUUGGCCUGCUCUCUCCUCAGUGUAGUGGUGGUAUCAGUCCUCAUACCGUUACAGCUGACCCCUCUG